GUAGCCGUACUAGCGCAGUGCGUUGAGAAACGCCCCAUCUGCUCAUCGCUGGCCGGUUUCCAGUUUACAAAGUGGGAUGCUGAAUCCCACGAUGAGUCAGUGUCAGCCCUGUUGGAUAAAUUUAAGAAGAGCGACCAAGUGUUCGACCUCGAUGCGGAGGUCGACAGCGAUGUGGAAGACUGUGUUCCCAACCUGCCAAAUGACGACUUCAUUUCUGACUCCCCCAGAAGUGCAGCAGCAGACAAGAAUGGGGAAUUCACAGAAAACCACAACCUCUUUGAAACAAUCCACCAGAGCAAGAGUGUUGAUGCGGUUCCUCUGGGAGAGGGAGACAUCGGGACCAUGUGCCUUCAUCUCUCCAUGAAACCAGGGGAAUACUCCUACUUCAGUCCCCGAAUUCUGUCCAUGUGGGCUGGCCCAGACCACUGGCAGUUCAAACCUCGACACAAAGCAGAUGCUGUCUCUGAAAAAGAGACGAAGAAAAGGAAUGCAAAGAAAGCAUUUGAAAUUAACUUUGAUGAGGAUGUUGACUUUGAGAUGUAUUUCCGUAAGACUAAGGCAUCUGUAACUUUGUCCAAAUCCAUUCUGGAAAGCCAGAAUGCGAGGAGCACCACGCUUCCCCCAGACUUCAACUAUGAACCUAAAAACAUUCUCCAGCUGUGGCUCAAACCAACUGUUAAGAUCUGCAGGACGUCGGAGCUGAACGGCCUGUUGGAUCACAAAGAUGAGAUUGGCGAGUACGAUUACAACAACCCCAGCGACGCCUCCAAUUUCUGCCCUGCAUUGCAGCCUUCAGACACCGAUGAUGAUAACGACCCUGUUCAAUUCGUGAACAAGACGGGGGUGUUCAACAUUACCACCCACCCUGGGGGUCAAGACGCUGAGAACAGCAAGGUUGUCGGCGAUGUCAACAUCACAACGUAUGGAGAGCUGAACCUCAUUGCUGAGCCUCGGAAGGUCACUAAGAUGAUAUUUCAGUAUGCAAAGACAGCCAAGAAAAUGGACAUGAAGAAGUUGAAGAAAAACAUGUGGGAACUCUUGACAGAUAAAAAGCAGCAAGAAAUAUUGGCAGAGAUAGAAGAUGCAGAGGGAGAGAACACAUCAGUGGUGGCAGGCGAGAAGAUCUUCAGUGGCAUCACAACGGACCUGCACCACAGGCUGCCUUCUGUGAUGGCUAAAAAUCUGUCUGUCCACAUAGCCUUCGUCUGCCUCUUGCACCUGGCAAACGAGAAGAAUCUGAAGCUGGAGGGCGCCCAGGACCUGUCUGACAUCCUCGUGAAACAAGGCUGGUUGCUGAGAAAUCCCACUGGUCUCUGCACCUUCCUUUAG